AUGUUCAGUAAUCGGCAGAGAGAAUGGACCUGCAUUCUCACCAAGCUUUACCAGUCGGCAUUGAAGUACUCUGGAAAAGAUAUUGACCGAUCAAUCUCACCGAAGAACAUGUUCGGUAAUGAGAGUCUUCAAUUCACUCGAGGGUGGCUUCCCAGCUCUCAGUCAAACUGGAAAAUCGAUCCUAGUUCCUUUGAGCACCCUUUACCUUUGCAGCAACAGAACCAUGCGGGCCUCUUCUCCAACAACCUUGCAUGUGAACAAAGUCAAAUCUUACACUGUGACUCUGGCUAUGAGACAUGGGAUGAGCCGGCGCACUCUCUAUCGCAGGGUGGAUUCUCUCGACCCCAGAGUUCGGAAAGUGCAUUAAAAUCCACUUCUCCGCAAAGUUUUUCUGCAACUGGAACAACAAUCUCACAGGCUGAAGGCGAAAGGUUCCGCUUUCACACUAGCCUUCGAGCUUCGACUGCGAUGGUCGGCGACUCGAAGGAAGCGCCCGAGUCUUACCUCAAUAAGGGUCAGGUCUAUCAUCUACGCCUAGUCGACACAACUCCGCCCAGGCUCAUUACCGAGAAAACGAGGUACCGGACGUUCGUUCGAGUUUCAUUCAAGGAGCACAAACAACGAGUCAAUGCUGAAGCCUACUGGCAGUUAUGGAAAGAUAGCCGGGGCUUGGCCGAGUCGGAUACAAAAGAUUCUGAGCUUCGAGCUGUCGAGUACGCUGGUCAAGAUAGCCCUCAGGUGCAGCUUGAACAAGAGUUUCUAGACGGGUUCUCGGUUACGUGGACGGUAAAUCCAGCAACCGGUCUGGGCGAAUGCAACAUUCCGGUACGAUUCAACUUUUUAUCCACUGAUUUCACGCUGGCAAAGGGGGUGAAGGGUAUCUCGGUGCGACUUUGCACCAAAACGGACCAGCUCAACAACUUGGAGGCUCCCUAUCAGCCGGAGAUUUGUUUCUGCAACAUCAGGGUUUUCCGAGAUCAUGGAGCAGAACGCAAACUAUCCAACGACAUUACCAAUAUUCAGAAGAGAAUUCAAAAAUUGACGGAGCAAAUUGGGAAGACGGUACUUCAUGAGCCACCGAAAAAGCGCAAGCGUGGUAGCGUUGCCGCAAAGAACAGGAAUGAGCUCAAGGUGUCCGAUCAGGCAGAUCAUGGCUCGUCAAUGGACACGGUUGACCAUGCGGCCGGAGAUCCUCAUUCAAACAAGUUACAAAUAAAGCUCACCAACCUACGGACCAUGUUAUUCUCGAGCUGCUCCGAAAGUGUCCUGAGUCUUCGCGGCGGUAAGGAGGACGAUCCUGAGGUGCAUGUUACUCGAUUACAAUCGCGCAGUCCAGGACCUCAGAAUAAUGCGGCGCCACGUGUGAGCUCUAUUAGAGGUAGCACUGCCUCUGUCGAUGGCGCGCUAGGCUCUGUCCGCCAGGGCUUCAACAAUGUCGACGCUAUCGAGGACGGCUUCCCAAUGACUCUGAAACACGCCGGCCCACGGCAGUCGCCCAUGCCAGUUGCAUGCUUCUAUAUCCAUCGUUCUGGAGAAGACUCACCUUCAGAUCGAUACUAUCGCACGAUAUAUUUGAGAGAACGCUCUACCCGCGACUUGGUCCAAAGGAUAUGUGAGAAAUGCUCAGUUGAUGCUUCAAAGGUUUCUCGCAUAUUACACACCAAUCAAGCUGGCCUUGAGAUUCUAGUUGAUGAUGACUUUGUGGAGCAAAUAAUGGAAGGUCAGGAUAUGGUUGUCAGGAUCGAGAGGCUUCCCUUGAAGGACGGGGGCGCGGGAUCGCCGCCGAGUGCUUCGUUGGGCAUCCGGUUGGAGUAUUGA